AUGCUCAGUGCAUCUAUCCCCAAUGGCACUGCCUUUCACCCAUCCACCUUCAUCUUGUUGGGCAUCCCAGGCAUGCAGGACCAACACAUCUGGAUCUCCAUUCCCUUUUGCUCCAUGAAUAUCCUUGCCCUUGCGGGUAAUGGUACCAUCCUCUUUGUCAUUAUGACAGACAAGACUCUUCAUGAGCCCAUGUACCUCUUCCUCUGCCUGCUCUCUGUCACAGAUUUGGUUCUUUGCUCCACAACACUGCCUAAGAUGCUGGCCAUCUUCUGGCUCGAUGCCCACACUAUCUCCUUUCAUGGCUGCCUCACCCAGAUGUUCUUUGUCCAUGCUGUCUUUGCCACCGAGUCAGCAAUCCUGUUAGCCAUGGCUUUUGACCGCUAUGUAGCUAUCUGUCGCCCACUGCACUACACGUCCAUUCUCAACACCACUGUCAUUGGGAAGAUUGGAGCAGCAUGCGUCGCCCGGGGCCUUCUCUUUGUCUUCCCUUUUAUUAUACUCGUUAAACGCCUCCCUUUCUGUGGGCGUCACAUCCUUGCUCAUACUUACUGUGAGCACAUGGGCAUUGCCAAGCUAGCCUGCAGCAGCAUUAAGCCCAACACCAUCUAUGGACUCACAGUGGCACUGUCGGUCACAGGAAUGGACGUGGUGCUCAUCGCAGCCUCCUACGUUCUCAUUCUGCGUGCUGUGCUGCGCCUGCCUUCCCAGGAGGCCCAACUUCGAGCAUUCAGCACCUGUGGAGCCCAUGUCUGUGUCAUUCUUGUCUUCUAUAUCCCUGCCUUCUUCUCCUUUUUCACUCACCGCUUUGGCCAUCGUGUGCCCCCACAGGCACACAUCAUUCUUGCCAACCUCUACCUCCUUGUACCCCCUGUUCUUAACCCACUAGUGUAUGGCAUCAACACCAAGCAGAUCCGCACUCGGAUCCUAGGACUGGGCCUGUGGAGGAGGUAG